AUGCAGCUCGGCUUCGCCAUGCUCUGCUCUAGCUCAGUCCGAGCCAAGAACACAAUGAAUAUAAUGCUCACCAACAUUCUCGACUCUGCAGCCGGAGGUUUAUUCUACUACGUCUUCGGCUUCGCAUUUGCAUUCGGCUCAUCAGAUGGGAAAUCGAUGACGGGAACCGUUAGAGUUCCGUCCAUGUCGAACACCACGCCUCUCAGGCGAGCCUUGGUGGUGGCGGAAGGGGCGGAGGUGGUCAUUGACGAAAAUGCCCUUCUGGAGUGGAGGAAGUGGAGGGUUCUCAGAGUGAGGAUUUGCAUUGUUCCUUUUAUACUGCGAGUGGAUUGUGGAGGGAGCUUGGACUACUUUCGUAGUUGGCCCAUUCGUAUCUCCAGUUCAUACGUUCCUCUCAGAAAAAUUGAGAGAGAGAGCAUUCUAGAGAGAGAAGGAACAAUGAAGCCGCAACCGGUGGACUAUUUUGUGGAGAUGGAGGAACAAGGCGGUGCCACCGUGGCGAUGGACGUGGACGAUGUUGAAGCCUUAGAGAUCUUCGGCGAGGGUCCACUCUCGAUGGAGGUCCACCGCCUUGCCGAUUCCGACUUCUUCAACUCCUUCCAGGAUGACUUCGAUGACUCUGACAUCAACUGA